AGAAGAUAACGUUGUUUCAUGAAAAAGCAAUUAACAGCUGUCAGUCUGUAAAUAAUAUUCGUCAUGGAUGAUUCCAAAUAUACCGGAUAUCAAGAUUUCGAAUGGGCGGUGAAACUGAAUCGUAUCGCUUUAGAUUUAAUUGGACUUUGGCCAAAAAUCGUACAGAACCAACGGCAGAAGAUAAUGUAUAAUUUUCGGGUGUUCAUCGUAUUUCUGGGGGUAACGUGCGGCGUUAUGAUUCCUUGUGUACAUUCACUAAUACGAAUUUCAGGAGAUAUCAUGCUAAUGUUAGAUAAUUUACAUUAUACUUUACCGGCCACAAGCUGUUCGAUAAGAAUCAUAAUUUUUUGGUGGAAAAAAGAAGCUAUCAUACCGAUCAUGAAUAUGAUCGCGGAAGAUUGGAUAAUAUCGAAAAGUGCUGAAGAUAGAAACAUUAUGAUUAGAUAUGCGCAGAAUGCACGCAUUAUUAUUAUUUGCGCCUUCUGCAUAAUGGGAGUGGCGUGCAUCUUUAAUAUCAUUCUCCCGGGUUUUGGAAUAUCAGUGAGAUUGACGUCAAAUAUUACUGAUCCAGGCAAACCAAUGCCUCUGCAAACGUAUUAUAUUUAUGAUAUAACAAAAAGGCCUCAAUACGAAUUAACGUUUAUUAGUCAAGCUAUUUGCAUAGUGAUUUCAAUCCUGUCUUAUUCUGGAAUCGACAAUUUUCUCGGAUUACUAAUCUUCCAUAUAUGCGGCCAAUUGGACAUUCUUAAAAAUCGUUUGACACAUCUGGAUACAUAUAUCAAUUCUCAUGACAUGCUAAAAAGCUGUAUCAUGAAACACAUACGUUUACUUAGGGCAAUUGAGAUUGUUGAAGAUACGUAUAACGUAAUACUUCUAGCUUUAUUUAUAUACUUUGCAAUUCUUUUUGCUUUCUUCGGUUUCCGGAUAAUUAGCCUAUUCGAUGAAGGGAAUGAUUUAUCACUCACACGCUUGAUAUAUUUUGUAUCUAUGCUUUUUAAUUUAUUUGGAAAUAUGUGUGUAUAUUGUGCUCUGGGCGAAUUUUUGAUGUCCCAAUGUGAUGAAAUGUAUUAUGCGGCCUACAGUAAUGAAUGGUAUUACAUGGAUCCAGAAAUUACACGAAACUUAUUAUUUUUACUAGUAAGAGGCACUAAACCAAUUUACCUCACCGCUGGAAAAAUGUUUCCUAUGACAAUGACCACAUUUUGCAAUUUAACAAAAACAUCAGUUGGAUAUAUAUCUGUUUUAUAUACAACAAGAAGUUAGUAGAAAAAUGAGAUAAAGUGGAAGUUUUUCUAGUAAAAGUGCUAUUUCAAUAGAACGUUAUAAAGUAAGAAUAAUAUUUUGUAAAUG